AUGCUUCGUCGCAACGGAAAGCCGACCUCGUGCGAGCCAUGUCGGCUCUCCAAGGUCCGCUGUGACCAUGCGACUCCCAUCUGCCGACGUUGCCAAUCGCGUGGCAAUGCCAACCAGUGCUAUUACCACCCCGCCCCCUUGACGCGGGUCAAGGAUGGGGGCAUUGCGCGCCCUCGUGCGACCCCAAAACGAGGAGCAAUCCACCAACCUCUGUUGGAGGUUCCCGACCUAAGUCCGACGCCGGAGCUUGCAGCGCCAGACCAGCCGCAGACAGGCACCGAGACCAAACACAGGCAAGACUCCGAGUUCCUGGGCUCGACAAGCUAUCUCUCCGUGUUUAAAGAGACCCCGCGGGGGAUCUCCGGCAAAGCGAACCGGUCCCUCUACGCCGAAUUCGAGUACUGGCGCACCCAGCAUGCCUACGCAUCGUCGCGGCUGAUUCGCCUGGCCUCCGCCAUGGCCUUCCACCGCGACCAGAUCGAGUGGUACCAUCGCGUCAGCCGGUUCACCGUGGUGCCCGCCCCGAUCAUCCUAGACUCGCUGGACCGAGUGCAGGCGUACAUCGACCGCAACCCGUGGGACGUCACGGGCAAGUGGAAGGAGCUCUACGAGACCAUCACUGCCGCGACCGGACGGCCCCUCGAUGUUUCGAGGGACAUGUCGGCCGGCGACUUCUACGCGCAGCUCACCGGCCCGAACCUUAGGUGGGAGUUAAUUGCCUUGGUAUUCGCCUCGUCCGGAAUCAGCGCCAUGGUCCGGUAUCCUGGUCACCAUAUCGUGGAGCUGGCGCAUGGGGAGACGAUGACCGUGGAGACGUUCAUGAAGGAGAUGGUCCUGGCGGGCAACGAGUGCAUCGAGAUCAGUAAACAGUUCGGGCACGUCAAUGAUCUGAUCUUGUGGGCGCGAUACAUGCAUGCUCAUCUGGCGAUGGAGGUACUGGGCGACACCAGUGAACGGCUCUACAGCCUCUUCGGCGACCUGAUCUCCAAUAUCUACACCAUCGGCCUCCACCACCAGCCCUCGCGCGAUGUGCCUUUCUUCCUGGCCGAGACGAGGAAGCGCAUGCUGGCCGUUACCCAUCGCACGGACAAGAACCUCGCCACGCUGAUGGGGCGCCCUCCGCGUCUCCCGCACCAAUAUUGCGAUGCAGCCCCUCCGCUAGACAUCGCGGACGAGGAUCUCUUCCUCGACGGGCCGUCCCUCAGCGCCGUACUUGCCGGUCUAGACGACCAAGGCUGGCACCGCGAGAGCAGCUUCAUGCCCGCGACGGUCAUGCGCAUCCGCCACUUCCUGUCCACGCUCCGCGAACAUGUCCUGGAACUUUCCUUGGGCAGCAAAUCCGCCGUCGACUACAGCAAUCGUGUGCACCCGUUCCACUUUCAAGUCGCUCUCUUUCUCCUUGGUAUACUCCCAAUACUAACAAAACUAAGAAAAACAUACCACCUCUGCCAAGAAGUCCUCACACAAAUCCCCACCCGCUUCCAUUACACCCAGGACUGCUGGCAAACCCCCGAGAGCGAGCUGAUGGAAUGCCUGGCGCGGAUCCUCGUGCAGUUCGACUACCAAUUCAGCGUCCUGCACCUGCAGCGCAUCCGCUGCAAGACCAACAGCGACAACGCCACCGCCGACCUGAUGAACACCGCCCUGCAGGUGCUGUCCAUGGUCAUGGACCUGACGCGCAUGUUCCACUCCCACGAGAUCCAGCGCCAGUUCGCUUGCAUCGUACAGAGACAAAAGUACCUGAGCUACGGCAUCCCCGCGGCCGGCAUCCUCGUCACCGAACUGCACAGCCACACCCUCGCCAACCGCGCCUUCCCGGCGGCCACCCCGCGCGCCGAGAUCAUCCGCUCGCUCAGCGUGCUCCUCGCCUGGGUGCAGGCCACGCAGCUGCCGCCGUCGACCACCGCCGUCGCCGCCAGGGAGCUGACCAAGGUGGUGAGUCGGUUGUUGGAUGAUGCGCUGAAUCAUCAGCAGGGGGUGGUCGGAGCCGGCACCACGGAUGCUGAUGUGAUCGCUCCGAUGGUUCGGGAGUCGGGCGAGUUCCUACCGCCGGGGUUUGUCGAGGGCUUCCAGCUUCCGUCCGAGGCGCUCGGGGUGGGAGUCGCCUCUGAGGGGUUUUUGAGUUGGCUGGAUGAGUUGGAUUUGGGGUUGAUUUCGGGGGAGGGGUUGGUUUGA